AUGACCGAAUCUCCGCGCCAACUCCAUCUCACGGCCUUCAUGCGGCCAGUGUCCCUGCAUCCAGGAGCAUGGCGCUAUCCUGGCUCAUUUCCUGAUGCGAACUUCAAUUUCAAACAUAUUGCCAAAUUCGCCCAAAAGCUUGAAGCCGCCAAGUUCGACGCCUUCUUCAUGGCCGAUCACUUGGCCGUAUUGAACAUGCCCAUCGAGGCCCUCAAGCGCAGCCAUACAGUCACCUCUUUUGAGCCAUUUACUUUGCUCUCUGCCCUCUCUGCUGUCACAGAUAAGAUUGGUCUGGCUGCUACAGCAAGUACAACAUACGAUGCACCGUAUCAUGUUGCCAGGCGGUUUGCUAGUCUGGACCAUUUGAGUGGUGGACGAGCUGCAUGGAAUAUCGUCACCACCGGCAACCCAGAAACAAGCCAUAACUUUGGCUUCGAUGAGCAUUUAGCUCAUGGUGAUCGGUACAAGCGAGCACGCGAAUUUUAUGAUGCUGUCACUGGGCUGUGGGAUAGUUUUGCCGAUGAUGCAUUCACCCGUGAUACCGAGACAGGUGAAUAUUUCGACCCCGCGAAAUUACACGCAUUGAAUCAUUCCGGGGAUGAAUUCAAAGUACGCGGCCCUUUGAAUAUUGCUAGACCACCACAGGGCUGGCCCGUCAUCGUGCAAGCUGGACAGAGUGAACCCGGGAGGCAACUCGCGGCUGAGACGGCGGAGGUUGUGUUCUGCAGCCCGAAAGAUAUCGAUGGCGCGAAGGCCCUUUAUGCUGAUAUUAAAGGGCGGGUUGAGCGGGCGGGACGCAAGAGAGACGAGUUGAAGAUCCUGCCGGCUGCAAUGAUCAUCGUUGGAGAUAGUAAACAGGACGCACAACAGAAGCGGCUGAACUUAGACAGCUUGGUACAUUACGACAGUGCGAUCGCUUCUUUGUCCAUCUCUCUGGGUGUAGACAUAAGUGACCUUGAUCCGGACAGCCCCCUCCCAGAUGAUCUGCCCGAGACGAACGCGAGCAAGACGAGCAGAGAGGCAGUUGAGAAAUUGGCCAAGCAAGAGGGGCUGACGAUCCGACAACUCGCCCAACGAUACGGGGGAUAUGCUGGGUUGACGUUCCUUGGAUCACCGAGUGAUAUUGCAGAAGAAAUGGAGAUCUGGUUGCGAGAGGAGGCCUCGGAUGGAUUCACAUGCACGUUCCCCUUCUUACCCCAGGGCUUGGAUGAGGUGACAGACAGAUUGAUUCCCGAGUUGCAACGGAGAGGCCUUUUCCGUGAUGAGUAUACGGGCUCGACACUACGUGAGCACUUCGGCCUGGCGAAACCAGAGAAUCGUUUCUUCAGCGAGGCAACUUGA